AGUUGAGUUAUUGACAGAAAUAGAGACAUAAUGUUUACGAUGACGUGUUUAACGUUUGUGCAAUGUAGGAGUUUAACAUUAUGAUUAUAAGAAAAUUGAGACGAUUUCAUACAAAAGGAGCAUGUGCCUGUAUCGGAGUGCUUUUGCUGCUGACAUCAUUUCAUAUGCACAACUAUCCUAAUAAAUCCGAUUAUAAAAAUACGAAAUUGCCCGAAAGCGUUUGCCGAAAGUACCACCCGCCUUCCUCGACAACUUUAACUGGCUUCAUACAGCGACGUGAGAACAACCUGAUAUAUUACUGUGACGUACCAAAAUGUGGAUCAGCUUUUAUGAAAAACUUCUUUGCUGAAGCAUUUUCGUGUAGAGAUUGUUACUAUAAGAAAGUAAACUUACCACAUAAACGUAAACAGUACAAGUAUGUUAAACACAAAAUAGAAAACUCCACUUACUCUUUUAUGUUUGUAAGAGAGCCGUAUAGUCGUUUAUUUUCAAUCUUUGAAAACAAACUUUAUCGGCCAAAUGAACAGUGGGGGAAACUUGGGGUCGAUGUGAUCAAAGUAGUUCGUGAAAAUGCAACAAAACUUUGCAAGCAGUACGGGUAUGACGUAACAUUUGUUGAACUUGUUAGAUAUCUAGUCACUCUAUAUGAAAAGAAAAUUCCAUUGAAUAUCCAUCUGGUACCAAUUCACAAGAGAUGUAAUCCUUGUAAUACAAGAUUUGACUUCAUUGGAAAACAAGAAUCCAUGACAAGUGAUUUGAUAAAACUAGUAAGUCUAUGGAAAAAGCGAGGUAUAAAUGUUGAUUUUGAAAGCAGUGUCGAUGUUAAAGAACUCGAGUUAAAGAGUAAGCGUGAUUUUGGUGCGAUUAUGCAUAUGUUUACAAUGCUAUCUAGAUUCCCUGACUUACCAAGACAUUUGCUUUAUCAACGACUAUGGUCAAGUUAUCAAAUGAGGGGGUUGAUUCUAAACAAUCAAAUCAUGCCUUUUCGGCAGGAUCUUGUUGAUGAUAUAGACAUGCUUAUGUAUGAACUUGCAAUAAAAGAUGCAAUUGAGCAAAGUGCACACGAGUUUAAUGUUCUGCAACAGCAACGAAAAGACGCUUUGAUGAAAGCGUAUAGAACUGUUCCUAUGGAUCUUUUACUUAGCUUGAGAAAUGUUCUAAAGAUUGAUUGUGAAUUAUUUGGUUAUGAUGUUAUGCCAGAAUCUAUUUUCAACAGAACUUACUCUUAAGGUUAUAUUAGCUGAUAAGACAUGACACUUCACUAAAAUAUGAUAAAGCUCCAAAAGAGUAAUU